AUGUGGGCAGCCAGACCAAGAUACCGUGGGCAGGUUGAUUCCAAUUCAUUGCUUCCUGUAGUGGGACUGUAUAACCAUAUGGAGAUUGUUAGUGGUGACAAACCUUUGAUAAGCACACCUUCUGCAAAAAUGAAGUCUCUGAUAACUGUAGUGAUAUGGGAUGCUUUUUUCAAAACAUGUGAGGAUAUUGGCAAAGAGCUUCUUAAUGCUGGUGCCAUCAGAUUUGCAGAUAUUGAUGCAUGGAAACAUGCUUUCUUUGCUCUAACAAGAGUGGUUCCCCUGGAUUCAUCCUGUGUAAGUGAUAAUAUUGAAAUUACCAGUGUUAAUAGACCAGAGGGAAGAGCUUUUGAAUGGCUUUAUGACCCCAUGUGUAUCAUGAAGGAGCAAAUUAGGAGUCUGGAUUUACAGGAAACUGAAGAGUUGUAUUUCCAUGAGCUCUGUCUGUACAGUGGUGAUACAAGAAGAAUUGAAUCUUGGCAGAACGGUAGCAUUCCUCCUCAAGAUGAGAUUAGAAGAGCUCAGUUAGAGGGAAUGAGUAGAAGGUUACAGGGCUUUUGUUUGAUGCUCUCAAGGCUGCCAACAUCCCGACGAAGGUUCUAUGAAGUAGUAAAAGUUAUGGAGCAUCUAGCAAAGAAUAGUGAAGAGCCAGGGGUGGAACUGAUAGUAUAG